GCGAAGGGCUAUGCAUCAGCGCCGUAGCAUACGCCGGGGUUUGACGCAGAAGUAUAAAUCAGCCUUAAAGGUGCACCAUUUACUGCAGUGCCACAAGGAGGCUCAUCGCCGACUGCCCCUAUAACUAUGCCAGUUCGAACUGUGUUAUCUGCAACAAAUGUGAUAUCCAAACCACAUUUAAGAGCUCCAGUCAUGUCCACUUCUGCACUUCCCUUACAUACAAGCAUGCAGUCUAUGCCACCACCGCCUACCACAGCCACCCCGCAGCUGCCUACGUCAUAUACUGUACCACAAACUGUAAUACCUCCAGUGACAGCACAUGCACGUCUGUUACAGCCUCCAAUCACCAGCCACCCGCCACCAGUUUUGCAACCUACCAGCCUUAGCUAUGUGCAGCCACCACCAUUCAUGCACAACAGUCACCCUGCACAUAUGGGUACAGAGCUACUGUUUGCAUCGGCCUGCGGCAUCCCACAGCCUAAGUUACCAGUGUUUGAAAGCGGUAACGAGAGUGACUUUGCCAUGCUAAAAUUAACAUUGCACAAUUUGUUGACUAAUCACAACCAUCUCAGUGAGCAAUACAAGUACCAUGUCUUAAUAAGCCACUUAAAACAUCCCAGUGCUCAGCAGCUGGCCAAAGCCUACAUGUAUCAUCCUCGUCCUUAUUCUGCUGCACUACAGGCUCUCCAAGACAAGUAUGGCCAACCACGACAGCUUGUCCAGUCAGAAUUGGGUGUAAUGAUGAGCACACCACCAAUCAGAAUGGGUGAUGCGGAUGCUUUCGACAACUUUGCCUUAUCUGUUUAGUCGUUGGUGGGCAUGCUAAGGACACUUGAGGGCCAGAAUGGUUACGAGCUCAUGUGUGGCUCUCAUGUCGAUCGCCUGUUAAGUAAACUGCCAUCUGCCUAUCGUGAUGGUUUUGUUGAAUACUGCCUAAGCAGGGGGAUUCUCCAAACAGGUACAGAUAGGACCUACACACUUCCUGAUCUAGCCACAUGGUUAGAGAUCAAAUCUUAAGCAAAACACAUCUCCAAUCGAGCCACAACUUUGUUCCAGAGUGAAUUAUCCAAGCCUCAUGGUAGGGUCACAAUGCCUACUCGCCCAAAGGAGCGGGCAACACCAGUACUCUUGGCCAAUGAGAGGGGCACACCCUCCCACUGGAUUUGCAGCCCAGAAACCUAAUACAAAGCUGAAACCAUACUGCCCCCAUUGUGACAACAGGGACCAUUACCUCAACUCUUGUGACCAGUUCAAGAAGUUGACCUCAGAUCAAAUUGUUACUUGGAUUAAAGAGGGAAACCGUUGCUGGAGAUGUGGCAGGACACAUGCAGUAGAGACCUGUAACCUUAAGCGCCCAUGUAAGGUCUGCAAAGAACUUCACCUCACAGUUCUACAUAACACUAUUAAUGACACGUCCAAGGCUGUACUUAUGGUGAGCAUGCCAUCCACCAGGCUUUACCUCAACAGACCUCACCGUUCACCAAAAGUUAUGUUGAAAGUAGUUAAAGUCCUUCUCCACCAUGGCCACCGCACUAUGAAAACUCAUGCAGUCCUUGACGACGGGUCAGAGAGGACAAUUGUAUUACAGCCAGCAGUAUGGCAGCUUAAGUUAACCGGGACCACUGAAUUGCUUCCCCUACAGACAAUUCAACAGUGCCACACAGAGCUUGAAGGGCGGUCAAUCUCUUUUGAAGUGUCCUCUGUCACAAAGCCCAUGGUAAAGUUUGCUAUACGCAACGCAUUCACUGCAACUGGUUUGUGCCUGGCAGAGCACAACUACCCAGUUACUGCACUCCAGAAUGCCUAUCGACACUUGAAGGAUCUGCCACUGCCUCAUGUGGACAGGGUAAAGCCACUGCUCCUUAUUGGAUCUGACAAUCCUCACCUCCUGACACCCAUCCAGCCCGUCUGCGAAGGCCCAGUUGGGGGGCCCGUUACGGUCUGCACGCAACUCGGAUGGUGCCUCCAAGGCCCGAUGAGUCCUAUGCAGUCCUCACGAGGAAAGCAGCAAUGUCUUAACAUCAUGACAGGUCCAGCUUGUGAUAAACUUAUCCAUUAUGUAAAAAGACUCUGGCAAGUUGACACCCUUCCAUACAAUGAGAAAAUGAUCACCAGGUCUAAGCAAGAUAAGGAAGCUUACACCAUUCUUCAGGAUUCUACCAUCAGAGUAAAUGUGGAUGGUGUUCAACGCUACGCUACACCCCUGCUGAGACGGACACCUGUGAGUUUGCUCCACGCAGAAAAGGAUGCAGUUCUACCCAGUUUACGCAGCACAGAGCGCAGGCUGUCACGGGAUCCGGAGAGGGCUAAAGCAUACUGCACUGAGAUCCAGAAGUUGGAGGCAGCUGGAUAUGUUGCCAAGAUACUGCGGAGGAAGGCAACAAGAGUAUCGAGUCUUGGUAUAUUCCGCAUCAUGUAGUACAUCACAACAACAAAGACCGUAUUGUCUUUAACUGUUCCUUUCAACAUCAAGGACAGUCAUUGAACAGUCAGCUACUGCCUGGACCAACUUUGGGACCAUCGUUAUUGGGAGUCCUCCUGAAAUUCCGGCAGCACGCUGUUGCUGUAAGCGGGGACAUAAAAGGCAUGUUCCACCAGGUACGCCUGCUGCCCUAAGACAAACAGGUGCUUCGUUUCCUAUGGAGGGACAUGUGCAGGGAUAGAGAGCCUGAUAUAUACGAACGGCAAGCACUUCCCUACGGGACUACCUGUAGUCCAUGUUGGCCAUCUUUGCCCUCCAACACCAUGCACAAGGACACAAAGGUGACCUGCCUAAGUUAGUUAACAUAGUGGAGAAUUUCUUUUAUGUUGAUAACUGUCUCUACAGCACACCAACAGCCAAUGAAGCUAAGGACGUUGUGGAUGGACUGCGUCAGUUGCUGGCUUAGGGAGGCUUUGAUUUAAGACAACGGGCCUGUAAUGUACCAUCUGCGAUCCAGCAUCUUCCCGUGGAGGCCCUGUCUACCAACAGUGAAAGAUUGUUAACCAAAGCUAGCGCAGACCUGCAAGAACCCACUCUUGGCCUAUGGUGAAAUUGUCUCAAUGAUUCUCUGGGUUACAAUUUACGAUCUACAGAGCCAUUGGAGCCUACUAUGAGGAACAUGUACAAGACGUUGGCCAGUUAGUAUGAUCCUUAAGGAUUUAUUAUCCCGUUCACUACAAGGGCUAAAGUCCCUUAAAGUGAUUGAGCCUGCACAGCUGCGGAAUAAGUGGUUAACCUGGGUAGGAGAAAUUCCAACACUCCUUCAGUUGCAGUUCCUUCGACUAUACACAUCAGUCUGGCCUGAUAAUCCUUCUGUCACUCGAGAGCUACACAUCUUUUGUGACGCAUCUGAAAGAGAGUAUGGGUCAGUGGCUUAUUUACGUACUUCUGAUGAUUUUGGACAUGUUGCCGUCACCUUUGUCUUGGCCCGAUCGAGAGUGGCUCCCAGAAAAUGCCUAUCCAUGCCUCGUUUGGAGCUAAGUGCAGCACUGACCGACGCCCAAUUAGCCCAAGUAAUACAAAAUGAGGUAACUCUUCCCAUCGAUUCAGUAACUCUCUGGUCUGACUCAACAACUGUGCUGUACUGGUUGAUCGCAGAGUCUUGCUGCUACAAGGUGUUUGUUGGCGGACGUGUAGCUGAAAUACAGACUCUCACUGAGACAGCUGAAUGGAGGUAUGUUGAUUCGGCCAACAACCCGGCUGACCAUAUCACAAGAGGUCUAACUUAAGCGGAACUAACAGGCCCUCACCAAUGGAAUUCAUGACCAUCCUUUCUCCUUAAAUCUGUUGACCAAUGGCCAUCCAUUCCCAAGCUAGUGGUAGAACCAGAACUCAGUGAAUUAAAGAAAGCUGCCUUCGUUGGUACUAUUUCAGUGAAUAAUCCUUCACUCCCAGACCCAACUCAGUUCUCUACAUGGCAAGAACUUGGUUAGGCCACUGUUAGGUCCCUGCACGGGGCGGCUACUGCUGAUGAUAACUUCUCUAGUGACGCAGCUGACUAUAUUGAAGCUGAGAAACUCCUCCUGGCACAGGCUCAAAGUGACUCGUUCCCAUACGAGGUCAAGGCUCUGAAGACUGCCCAAUCUCUACCUUCUGACAGUCGUUUGAUCUCUCUUGCCCCCGAGUUUGAUGAAGCCACAGGUAUCAUCAGAGUAGGUGGAAGAUUACGUCUGGCUGACAGCCUAGAAUUGGAUGCUAUCCACCUAAUUGUGUUGGAUCCUGGCCACCCUGUCACCAAGCUGUUAAUUAAGGAGACAGAUCAGCGACUCAGGACGAACGGGUCCUAGCUGAACUGCGCCGCCAGUAUUGGGUAUUGAGAGGCAGAGAAGCAAUUCGGAAACAUCAGCACACAUGUAGAGACUGUCAGUUCUGGAGUGCUAAACCUCAGACACCCCAAAUGACUGAUCUUCCAUCCAGCAGACUGCAACUUUACAAACCCCCGUUCUACUCUACAGGGGUAGAUUGCUUUGGCCCCUUAACGGUUAAAGUUGGUCGUCGCCAAGUGAAGAGGUGGGGAGUCCUCUAUAAAUGUAUGACAUCCAGGUGUGUGAAUCUAGAUCUACUGGAACAACUAGACACUGAUGCAUUUCUGCUUUCUCUGCGUCGCUUCAUCGCAAGACGAGGCAAGCCCAUGGAAUUGCUAUGUGACAAUGGCACUAAUUUCAUUGGAGGGGAUCGAGGAUUACGAGAGACCUUCAAUGCCAUGGCACCAAAGCUUCAGGAGCAGCUUGCGGAGCAAAGGAUUCGAUUUCGCUUUAACCCAGCAAGUGCUCCUCAUUUCGGGGGAACCUGGGAGUGUGAGGUCAAAUCAGUGAAGUCCGCUUUACGUGUCAUCCUGCGAGAGCAGUCAGUGCCAGAGGCAGUAUUGCAAACCCUGUUAGUGGACGUGAAAGGCAUUCUGAAUUCCAAGCCACUUGGCUACAUAUCCUUUGACGUCGCAGACUUGGAUCCAGUGACUCCCAACCUGCUCCUUAUGGGCUGACGUGAUGCCUCACUUCCUCAAGUUCUGUAUGACUCCAACAACUUGCUCCGCAGACGCAGAUGGAGACAUAGCCAGGUGUUGGCUAAUAAUUUCUGGACUGCCUUCAUCCGCCAUCAUCUCCCAAGUCUACAGGAUCGCCAGAAGUGGAGGAAGGAUGGCAAGGAACUUACCGUGGGCCAAGUAGUUCUUAUUGUUGAUCCACAACUCCCACGUGCUUUAUGGCCUGUAGGAACAGUGUCUGAAACGUUACCUGGAGCUGACGGUAAAAUUCGUACCGUUAGAGUUAAAGUUAAGGAAAAAACUUACACUCGUCCAGUUGUGCGCUUAAUUCUACUUCCACACUUAGAGGAUAAUGUUUCUGACACCGCAGACAAACUUUCUUAAAAUGUACAAUUAUCCAGACAGAUAAUUGGGGGCGGCUGUGUCAGAAAGCCUGUCCUAGGAACCUAAGUUAGUAAUUGUUUCCCGCGCGGACAUUUUUACAUGACGCACACCAGUACGGACUGAAUGCCAUUUACUGUUUAUGCUGCAGGUUAUGCUCUGCAAGUGCGUUUAUGUUAUAGAAGUGAGUACAUAUACAUGUUUGAUUCUGAUUAUUAUAUGUCAUGCAUGUUAUUGGUCACUUUCAGUGUUUAUGACGAUCGUUUUCCCAUUAAUUUCGGCCGUAAUUUGCAGAUCUAAUUUGCUGAGUCAUCGCCCUCCACACUAGUGCGAAGUGCGAAUGCGGCGAGUGUUUGUUUACGUAACGAUUUAUAGUGCCCUGUUAUUUAGUUUACUGUUGUAUUUCAGUUCAUUUCAUUGCUAUAACAGGCGGAAAUACAGACUUUGUCAUGUAUAUCUUGUAUUGUGUUAGUUAAUAUUUCCCAGAGUGUUAGUAUAAGACACAAAUGUUAGAUGAAUAUUUUUGGUAAAUUAUUUCUCUUUAUUUCCUUUUGUAGACCACACACACAUUCUUUGCAAUAUCUCCAGUGCAUACCUCAGCUGCAUAUUCAGGACAGAAAAUAAAUGCUCAUCAGAAAGAAUCUCUUCUCCACUCUUGAUUUUCUAACCGAAAUCAGAUCCAUAUUUGGCCGCCUCAGCCAGCUAAAAUCUUGAAUGUAGUGGGACUUCACUACAUUUGGCCAGAAUUUUAUUUUAUUUCUUUUACAGUGAACUUGUCCAUAUUUUAAAGUAAUUGCUGUUUCCAUCAGUCCUUUUUAUUUUCAUUUCAUGUGCCAUCAAAUGUACAGCAACAAAUGCACUAAAUCAGAAAGUUGAUUUCACAGAAAAUGUCUGUAAACACAGUGCUCUGUCAAUGAAUCAUUAACAGUUUGAUCAAUGAAAGGAUUUUUUUUAGCUUAUCUUUUCUGAUGAUCUAGAUCCGGGGAGCCCAAACUUUUUCGUAUGAAGUGCCAAAAAUCAUUGAGAACUGUGGGUCAAAGAUUGUGGGUGGUCACAUGGAUAGGAAGUGACAGGAACUUGAGCGUACGUGUGCAAAACAGUCACAGACCCUGAGCACAUCAACAUGGUUUUGAAACGGAUUACAGACUAUCUUUUGUUUUGGACUUUUAUUCAUCUUCCAAAUACAGAUGCAAAGAAAGUUAUCAAAGCAGUGGAAGGAGCCACUGUCCAUCUGCCCUGCCAUUUACCUCCUGUAGAGAGUCAACAAGUUACAGUAGAGUGGACCAUAAAUACACACAGUAACAGUUCUAUUUGUGCAUGGAUCACUGAUAAUAACUCUGUACACCCCUUAAAAGAUUGCUUUCCUCAUUUUACAUUAACCAGUAAGCCUAUUAGAUUAGAGAUAAAAAAUGUUCAGCCUGGUGACUCUGGUAAAUACAGCUGUAAAACAACAAGAGUAAUUCCACCUCCGUCAGUGGAAGAAAGCUCAUCUGUGAUUCUCCGAGUCACAGAUGAUUUUGCUGUUCAUUAGUGAUUCUGAAUUGUCUGUAUGUUGAAUAUCAUCUUACUUUGAUGAAUCUAAUGUCCAGGUCUGUCCCUGAAGCCACUGAACAGCACUAAUGACAGCUGUGUUCAUCUGCUCUGCUCUCUGGACUCUGAUCUGGCCAACUUCACCUGGAGCCGAGGAGGUCAGAUGUUACCACAUGUGUCCACAUUUAAUGCUGAUAAUAGUGAACUGCAGCUGUGCAAACCUGACUGGAGUGAAGGAGACACAAUCACCUGUCACGUCAACUACUCAGGAACCCAAACUCAAAAAAGCAUCAAAUUCAGCAGAUCAGAAAAUGCUAACAGAGGAUACCAGGAUUUUCCAGCUGUUUUUGUGACGUUGAUGAGCAUCUUUAUCAGUUUCAUCUAAAUAUUGUUCUGCAUUUUACAAUACAAAACUCAGACCUGCCAUCCUGAACCAUCAACACCGGAAGAAGGAAGAGAGGACACACAACACAAUAAGAUCCCUCUUUGUCCUUUAGCAAAAUACUUUUAACUUACUACUUUAAAUUUUACUAUGACCCUUUAGACUAUAAUUUCUUUAAAAUUGGCUGUUUUGUGUUGAGUCAUUUCCAAAGAAUUACAUUGAUUUUCAUUGACUUUGCUGUUAAAAUCUACUCAGUGAUCAUAAAUAACUUCUGUUAUAUGUAAUGAGUAUCAUUAAAUUAUGAGGAUUUGUUGUUUCACAGAUGAGAAACUUUAGAAUAAAAUGAAAGCUUCAUGGUUCCUUACAAGCAUCCUAAAAUAAAAGUUCUGUCAUCAUGUACACACUUCAUAGUAAGUUUCCAUUUGUUAGUCAGCUUUUAAUAACUGUGAUGUUCAUUUCUUAGUUGAUGCUUAAUACCAAAAAAGUUCAGUGGUAUUUUUUUUUUAAUUAACAUUAACAUAAUUUCUUUGACAAAUGUAGCUGUUUCUCACUGUUUAUGGUGUUAAAUGAUGAGACCUUACUGUAAAGUUCACUUUUGUACUUUAUUUAACUUUGCUUAAAAUCUUUUUAAAAAUUUAGUGUAUGCACAAUGAAAGAUUUAGAUUUUGUUGUUGUUAUCACUUUUACUGUUAAAAUACAUGUUAAAGUAACCCUGUUUUGAAGGUUACUUUGAUACUAUCAAAAUACAAUUAUUGCAGUAAGAUCAUUUGACAUACUGUGAUGUGUCUACUUGCAUUACUCUUUGUGAGGUUACAGCUAAUACAAUAGGUUAAUAAAAUGUUUUAGGUAGGUAAUGUUUACAUCAAAAACUUAAUGUGCUUCAUUUUUACAGUUUGUCCUUAAAGCACUGUUGACCUUUACUGUAAAUUAUGCAGUAAAUGAUUGUAAAAUAGCCAUUGUUUUGCUGUAAUAAAAGAAAACUGUAUUUUACAGUAAAAUAAGUAGGAUUUGUAUGAAAUUGUGUAGUGUAAAAACAGUAAUUUACUUUUGAUUUACUUUACAGUAAUUUACUUUAUGUACUCGUUACAGGUACCAUAACAAUAAAUGGUAAACUACUGUUCAA